ACGUGACGGUACGUCGAGUCGGUUGUGAACCCUCUUGCAUGCAUUUCACAAAUAGUGUAGUGAACGAACGAGGAUUGUGAGGGCAAUUACGAAUGAUUUCGCGCUACACGGUCUUUUAGGCUUGACGGUUCUCGUUGAGCGAACUAAACAAGGUGAAAGUGACAAAUAGAGGAGGAGACGAAGGUGCAAGAAGAAGGAUGCACGUCGUGAAUCCGUUGUCGUCCUCGUCAGUGUUGGUGCUAGUUGUGCAAAGGUCGUGAGCCGUUCUAAAGUCUAGCAUUCGGCGUCGUGAAUCGUGAUGCAGUCAAUCUACUGGACCGGUCGGCUGCUGUCGCGAGCGCUUUGGAACAGCAUUGCGAGCUACUCUGCUUGCGGCGCCGAGCAGCAAACGAACGCGGGUUUUGUCGCGAACAACAAGCGCCACGAGGCCUCGUUCAUCUCCGCUGUAUGCGGCUUCCCAAAGGACUUUAAGCGGGGUCGAAUGCGUAGAGGUCAAUUCGGCGACGACGCUUGGUUCAGCGCCAAAUUCAAGGCUGGCGAAGUCAUAGGUGUAGCUGAUGGUGUAGGGGGAUGGCGACAUUAUGGAAUUGAUCCAGGAGAGUUCUCCAGUUGCUUGAUGAAAACUUGUGAGAGGCUAGUUUCUGUGGACAAAUUUGCACCUACAGAACCAGCUGGCUUAUUAGCACGUAGUUACUACGAAUUAUUAGAAAGUAAACAACCAAUAUUAGGUAGUAGCACCGCAUGCGUCAUAGUUCUCAAUAAAGAGACAAGCAGCAUUUACACAGCCAAUAUAGGAGAUAGCGGCUUCGUAGUCGUACGAAGAGGGGAAGUUGUACACCGGUCGUCCGAGCAACAACAUUACUUCAACACUCCUUUCCAAUUAUCGUUGCCACCUCCGGGACACUCUCGCCUGGUGCUUAGUGACAGUCCGGAAUCGGCCGACACUUCAAGUUUCGGCGUCGAGGACGGCGAUGUAAUCCUCUUGGCGACCGAUGGGGUAUUCGACAAUGUGCCUGACCAGUUGCUAGUCACCGAAAUGCGGAAGAUUGAAGGUGAAAGGGACCCGACGAAGAUACAAAACGUCGCUAACUCUAUAGCCUGGAUGGCGCGCAGGUUGGCCUUCGACGGCGAUUUUAUGUCUCCAUUUGCUCAAAGUGCCCAGAAGAACGGGAUUGAUGCAAUAGGUGGUAAGCCGGACGACAUCACGGUGCUUUUAGCAACAGUGGCAAUAUGAUAAAACAAUAAAGGCCGAGUGUACAAUAGAGCCCCGAUAAUCAUUGUAUUAUAGUCCAUGUCAUUGCGUACGUGUAUUCAGUUAUACAUCGUUGAUAUCCUAUUGCGCUUUAAUCAUUUAUUAUUUAAAUCGAAAUAAAUGAUUUUGUAAAAUCA